GCCUCAGUCUGAAUGACUGCCCGUCAGUCAGGAGCUUCUUACUCCUGGAUUAGUGCAGCCCACAGUGUUCUGAAAGCAGCAGCAGAAAUGAGCGUUACUGUCGAGGAGAGGGGCCGGCCCAACACCCUGGACUACAGAGUGUAUUUCAAAAACUCUGAGGGAAAAUACAUCUCUCCCUUCCAUGACAUACCCAUCUACGCAAAUGAAGCAGAGAAUAUCUUCCAUGCUGUUGUGGAGGUUCCAAGAUGGACAAAUGCAAAGAUGGAGAUUGCCACCAAAGAUCCUCUUAAUCCACUGAAACAAGAUAUAAAGAAGGGGAACCUCCGUUAUGUAGCAAAUGUGUUCCCUCACAAAGGCUACAUCUGGAACUAUGGAGCUAUUCCUCAGACAUGGGAAGAUCCCAACCACAAGGACAGCGACACAGGAUGCUGUGGAGACAACGAUCCUAUUGACAUAUGUGACAUAGGAAAUAAGGUGUGCUCUCAAGGAGAAAUUAUCAAAGUGAAAGUGUUGGGAACUCUGGCUUUGAUCGAUGAGGGCGAAACAGACUGGAAGGUCAUUGUGAUCAAUACUGAGGACCCCGAGUCUGCAGACUUUAACGAUAUUGAAGAUGUAAGACGACUUAAGCCUGGAUACCUGGAGGCAACGUUUGAUUGGUUCAAAAGAUACAAAGUCCCAGAUGGGAAGCCUGAAAACCAGUUUGCUUUCAACGGGGAGUUCAAGGACAGGGACUUUGCGAUUAAAACAAUCAAGGACACCCAUGAGUUUUGGAAGGCACUGAUUUCUAAGAAUUCCAGCGCUGGAGAGUUAAACUGCACGAACACCGGUGUCUCAGAUAGUCCGUUCUGCUGCUCUGCUGGGGAUGCAGAGGCCGUGGUUAAAUCUGCAUGUGCUUUUGGAGCUGAAGAUCCCAUUCCAACUUCAGUCGACCAAUGGUUCUACUAUGAGAACUAAGAGGAAACUUCUGAGCAGAAACCAUCAUUCUUUACUUGACUUCUUUCGACACAACAGCGCAGUGCGGUAACUGGAUGGAUCGAAUUUAUGUUUCAUGUCACAUUUUCUUGCUUUUUUGUUCACACACUUAUAUUUCUGAUGCUGUCAAAAAAGCUUUAUGUGUGUUUGUAACUCAAUAUCUAGUUUCAAGCUUGACACAA